UGUGUCCUCUCUGCAGCCUCCAAACCUCUCUCCUCAUUUCAAGCCUUUGCCAAAUGCCCUCCUCCUUCUUCCUCCUCCUCCUCUUCUGCCUGCCAGUAGCCCCUCUCAGGCCGCGUAUGGGAGCAUUCACACCCCUCUGUCGGCGUUUAGCGGAUGGAGCUCUCAGCUUGAGCCGGAGGGAGGAGGAGGAGGAGAAAGAUGAACGGUAACCCGUGUGCCCGCAGGCUGGCCCGGCGCUCCAAAUCCGCCCUGCUGAUCGCCGCUCUUGCCGUCCUGCUGGUCCAGACUCUCAUCGUGUGGAACUUCAGCAGCCUGGACUCUGCCAACGGGGACGGAGGCGCCAGGAACCGGGAGAAGAGAGAGGACCGAUCCGGGGGGCUCAACAAAGCCGACAGGGAGCAACCGCGGAGGGGGCUGCAGAAGAAGGGCGACCCGCCGCCCUCGCUCGGAAAGGCGGCCGUUCGGCACAAGCUGCAGGCGGACGCCUACCAUUCCCACCGGCCCAAAGAGAAGCUUCACAUGGACAGCAACAACAAUGAGAACUCAGUCCCUAAAGACUUUGACACCAUCGACAGCAACAGCAACCUGGGGGCUCGAUCUCAACGCCAGCGAGUGCCGGUCGCAAACCCAAAACGCAAGCUGGAUAAGGCCCAAGCACAGAGCAUGCUGGGAAAAUCUACUAACGAGGUCCUCAAGUACCCUCCCGUCCAACCCAGAGGGGUGGGCCACAAUCACAACCGCACCCACGUCCGUAAACCCCAUCCCCAGGUUCCAACCGUCCAAGCACAGGUCCAGGGGUCCAAUCAGGAUCCACCGUUCUACCAGGCGAAGAUGUCGGCCUUGCAGCUGCCGCCCAGUUUGGAGCCGAGAAAGCAGCAGCCGCAGUGUGAGAUCAGCGGAAAGGAAGCCAUUUCUGCUCUGUCCCGAGCCAAGAGCCGCGAGUGUCGGCUGCAGAUAGUGGAGGUCUACUGCAAACACAAAGACAGAGCGCUGAUGCCUGAGAAAGUGCCUCGCUACUGCCCCAUAGAAGGUAAGGCUAAUGUGAAUGUACAGUGGGAGGAGGAACCCUCAGAGGCUGCCCGGCUGAUGCCGGCACGGAUCGCUUUCGUCCUGGUCAUCCACGGCCGAGCCUCGCGUCAGUUCCAGCGUCUCUUCAAAGCCAUCUAUCACACCUCGCACUACUACUACAUCCAUGUAGACCAGAGGUCCAACUACCUCUACAGAGAGGUUCUGACUUGGGCUGGCCAGUAUCCCAACGUCCGGGUGACUUCCUGGAGGAUGUCCACCAUCUGGGGUGGGGCCAGCCUAUUGACUAUGUACCUUCGCAGCAUGGAGGACCUUCUUAAAAUGUCUGACUGGUCCUGGGACUUCUUUAUCAACCUCAGUGCUGCAGACUACCCCAUCAGGACCAAUGAACAGCUGGUGGCUUUCCUGUCCAAGUACCGCAACAUGAACUUCAUCAAAUCUCAUGGCAGAGACAACGCACGUUUCAUCCGUAAACAGGGUCUGGACCGUCUCUUCUACGAGUGUGACACCCACAUGUGGCGUCUCGGGGACCGCAAGAUCCCAGAGGGCAUUGCGGUGGACGGAGGCUCUGAUUGGUUCCUGCUCAACCGGCCCUUUGUGGACUAUGUGGUCAACUCCCGAGACGAGCUGGUCAGCAGCAUGAAGCGCUUCUACACCUACACACUGCUGCCUGCUGAGUCAUUUUUCCACACUGUGCUGGAGAACAGCGCCCACUGUGAGACCAUGGUGGACAACAACUUGAGGCUCACCAACUGGAACCGCAAACUGGGAUGUAAAUGCCAGUACAAGCAUAUUGUGGACUGGUGUGGCUGCUCACCCAACGACUUCAAGCCCUCAGAUCUGCCACGCUUCCAGCAAGCGUCCAGACCCACCUUCUUUGCCAGGAAGUUUGAGGCCAGCGUCAGUCAGGAGAUCAUCAACCAGCUGGACUCCUACCUGUUUGGACCGUACCCACCAGGCACCCCGGGCCUUCAAGCCUACUGGGAAAACAUCUAUGAGCAGGAGACGGACGGCCCCGCCAGCCUAUCAGACUCCACGCUCAGCCACUACCACGCCUUUGCUCGCAUGGGACUGUCCCGCGCUGCCAGCUCGCUGCAGGGACAUCCCAAUGACAACAGCUGCAGGUACAUGGCUAUGAGCCACCCAGUGUCGGUCCACCUCUACUUCCUGUCAGACCAGUUUCAAGGCUAUCUUGUGCGUCACGUGGCCACUAACCAAGCCUCCACUCAGCUGGAAAGCUUGGAGACCUGGGUGACUUCCAAAGACCACUUCACCCUGGCCAGCCCCCCCAACCCUACCAACAGGCUACAGCACGUCCAGGUUGGGGCGGACUGGGAUCCUAAGGAGCGUCUCUUCAGGAACUGGGGGGGUCUGCUGGGGCCCAAGGAUGAGCCGGUAGCCGUGCAGCGCUGGAGCCGAAGCCAGAGCAACCUGACUGCUACUGUGGUGUGGAUCGACCCCACCAACGUCAUCGCUGCCACUUACGACAUCCUGGUGGACGCCUCCGCUGAGGUCACCCACUACCGGCCGCCACUCACCCUGCCCUUGAGGCCUGGUUUGUGGACCCUGAGGGUGCUGCAUCACUGGAACCCGCUGGGCCAGACCAGCUUCAUCGUGGCUCCGCUGGAGUUCCACCGACAGCAGUCCUUACAGCAAGAGGAUGCCCUGCGGUUGCACGGUGGCCCAGCCAGAAAUUCCUACAUGGAGCAGAGUUUCCACGGCCUGAACCCGGUGCUUCGGCUGCCUGUGAGUCUUGGCGCCGUGGAGGAGGCUGAGGCCAACGCUGCCCUGACGGGGGUGCCGCUGCGCCGCUGGCUGGACUGGCUGCUGGAGGGCCACUGGUCGGCUGCAGACGUCUGCUCGAUGGGACCCAGCGCCUGUCCCGUCAUGCAGCGCUGUCGUCUUACCGCCUGGAGCGCUGCCAGCCCCGACACCAAGUCUGAACUGACCCCGUCCAGAGAGGACGGACGGAUCAGGUAGCAGACGGACAGGCUGAGGGAGGACAAGAGGAACAAAUGAAGGAAGACAUGGGGCUGAUGUCCUGUUUGUGUCUUAUAUUUAUUUAUUUAAAGUUUGUGCAACAUCAGAGUGAAAGGAAAUGGAUGAAUGAAACUUUGGAGGCAGCGACAGAAAGAAGAGGAACAAACUCAGAACACUGAGAAACAAAACUUCAAUCCUUAUUCAGUUUGCUGCUCAAAGGUGUGUGUGUGUGUGUG